AUGUUGAGGAGUACAGGGAAGCUUCAGGAUAACCUUGCCCUCAUUUUGGAAAUGCCAGACAUGUGUGACGUCACAUUCCUGGUUGGGAGAAAACAGGUUCCUAUCUAUGGAGUCAAGGCUAUUUUAGCUACCAGAAGCAGAUAUCUGUACCAACUGAUUCUGCAACAACAAAAGCAAGUCGAACUCGAUAACCCCAGUAAGAAAAGAUCAAAGAAAUCCAAACCUUCCCCAAUACAACACAAACUCUGCAUCAAGGUCCCUGAUUAUCAAGUUGAGGAUUUCAGGGCAUUUCUACGUUUCGUUCAUUCGGGCAAGGUUGAAAUAGAUUCCAGCAAUGUAAUAGCUAUCCAGUAUAACCAGCUGAAGUUCUCAAAGCGCCGCGAGGUUUCAGUAACAGCCCACCCCUGGGAUCCAGAAGAAGACUGGAGACACAGAUGGAGGACAUCAACGGCAGGUCUCAGUGGAUGA